AUGGAGAGGCUAAGGCUGGGGCAAAUGUCAGAACAUUUGUGUGUCAGGCUGGUGGCCAUGUUGCUCCUGGUUCUGUUAAUUUUUCUUCCAAGUACAUUCUGUGACAUAGGAUCUGUAUAUUCCUCUUCCUUUGAAACGGUCAUCCCCAAGAGACUGCCAGUCAAGGGGAGUGAAGAUCCCGGAGGAAGGGUGUCCUACAUGCUGUUGAUGCAGGGCCAGCAGCAGCUGCUUCACCUGGAGGUAAAGGGAGACCAUUCUGCGAGUAACUUCCCAGUCUACAGUUACCACAAUGGCGUCCUGGGGCAAGAAAUGCCUCUCCUCUCACAGGACUGCCAUUAUGAAGGUUACAUGGAAGGGGUGCCAGGCUCCUUUGUCUCUGUCAACAUCUGCUCAGGCCUCAGGGGCAUCCUGAUCAAGGAGGAAACAUCCUACAGCAUCGAGCCUGUGCUCUCCUCCAAAGAGUUUGAACACAUCCUGUACACUGUGGCACAUCAGCCCCGCGUCUCCUGCAGUGUCAUUCCCAAAGACAGCCCAGGGGACACUGGCCAGCAACAGAGGAGCAGGAGACCCGAUGACCUGCGGGAGCUGUCUGACUUGUGGUCACACACCAAGUACGUGGAGAUGUUCGUCGUGGUCAACCACCAGCGGUUCCAGAUGUGGGGCAGCAACGUCACCGAGACGGUCCGGGCAGUGGUGGACAUCAUUGCUCUGGCCAACAGCUUCACUAGGGGACUAAACACAGAGAUGGUGCUGGUGGGCGUGGAAGUCUGGACAGAGGGGGACCUGAUAGAGGCCCCGGUGGACCUGCAGGCUACACUGAGGAAUUUCAACCGCUGGAGACAGGAGGAGCUCCUGGGCCGUGUCAGGCAUGAUGUGGCACACUUGAUCGUCGGGCAUCACCCAGGAGAGAACGAGGGCCAGGCGUUUCUCGAUGGUGCCUGUUCUGGUGGGUUUGCAGCGGCUGUGGAGGCCUUCCAUCAUGAAGAUGUCCUGCUGUUUGCGGCGCUUGUGGCCCACGAGCUGGGGCACAACCUGGGAAUCCAGCACGACCACCCAGCCUGCUCCUGUGACCCUAAGCACUUCUGCCUCAUGCACGAGGAUAUCACCAAGGACAGUGGCUUCAGCAACUGCAGCUCUGACGACUUCUACCGUUUCCUCCAUGACCACAGAGGGGCCUGCCUGCUUGACAGGCCUUGGCACCAAAGCCGCAAGCGCAGAGCUGCCCGUUGUGGAAACGGUGUGGUGGAGGAGUCGGAAGAGUGUGACUGUGGUAACAGCUGCCACAGUAACCAAUGUUGUGAUGAAAACUGUAAAUUUAAGCAGGAUGCAGAGUGUAAUAAUGAGCUUUGCUGUUUUCAAUGUAAAUUUAAAAAGAAGGGACAGGUUUGUCGUCCUGCUGAUGGAAUUUGUGACCUGGCAGAAUACUGUAAUGGGACCUCUGCAAUAUGUCCUGAGAACAGGAUAGUGAAAGAUGGCUCUUUAUGUCAUGAAGCUUACUUCUGCUUUGAGGGUCAGUGCCUGGACCCUAGCUCUCAAUGCUCACGUAUUUUUGGGUUUGGUGCAAAAUCUGCCUCUGAUGAAUGCUACAGUUCCGUGAACAGCAGAGGGAACCGGUUUGGAAAUUGUGGGCCUUCUUCUGAGUCUCCAGGAACAUAUAUCAAUUGUUCAGAUCAAAACAGUCUGUGUGGGAAACUUACAUGUACAGAGUUACAGUUCUUACCACCAAUCAAACAGAAACAUACACUGAUCCAAAUCCCUCACAAAGUGAACUGGUGCUGGAGCAUGGAUGCUCCUGGUGAUGAGACAGACAUCCCUGGCAGAGGCUAUGUGAAGAACCUGACCAACUGUGGCUCAAAUAAGGUGUGUCAGAAUUUCAUCUGUGAAGACAGCGACACGUUCUCCACCUACCCUUCCUGCAGUAAGGAACUGUGUAGUGAACAUGGAGUUUGUAAUGAUUUAGGGCACUGCCAUUGUUCAUACGGCUUUGCACCCCCUGACUGCAGACAUAAAGGAACUGGAGGCAGUGUGGACAGCGGUCCCACUCCCGAACUAUCAGAUGAAAAUCCUCCAGAAGCUGAGAGUCAAAAUCCUGAAGAUGAAGGUAAAGAGUUGGUACUUAACUUAAAACUGAUAGUUCUUUCUGCUAUUUUGAUACUCACAAUACUCUUUAUAAUUGUAUGCAUCAUGAUUGCGUACAGCAAGUCAGAGACUCCUUAUGAAGUAGAGCCUUCAGAGUUAGAGAAGGUUCCGGAAGAGGCUGACAAAGAGGAAGAGAAGGAAGAGGAAGAGAAGGAAGAGGAAGAG